UCCCAGAUCUCGAGCCAGAUCAAGGACAUCCGGGCGCAGAUGGAGGAGGACGAGGACCUCAACACCCUCAUGGCGGGCCUUCGCGGCACAAACAUCGACGACAGCGACUUCGCCGCCGACGGCGUUAAGAUGCGCGUCGUCGACCUGGACAAAAUCAAGGCGGAGGGUGGCGACGACGACAGAUUGCCGCUGUACUACGACCCGGAGCUCAUCGCACAGUACUGGCGGCGCAGGCCCGGUGCCGUGGCGCAGCGCAUCCUCCAGCUCUCCACGAUCGCCGGGUCGUUUAUCACCGGGAUCAUCGCGGACCUCGUGACAAACAAGACGAGCGAGAACUCGGUCAAGCGUGCGAUUCAGCUCAGGGAGAUCGUCACCUCUCUCGGCCCGGCGUACAUCAAGCUCGGUCAGGCGCUCAGCAUCAGGCCCGACAUCCUGUCACCACAGGCCAUGACGGAGCUGCAGAAGCUGUGCGACAAGGUUCCCUCGUUUGAUAACAAAAUCGCAUUCGACACGCUGGAGAGGGAGCUCGGUUGCAAGUGGCAGGACAUUUACAGCGAGCUCGGCCCCGACCCGGUGGCCGCGGCGAGCCUCGGCCAGGUGUACAAAGGUAAGCUGAAGAGCAACGGCGACAUCGUGGCGGUCAAGGUGCAAAGGCCCGCGGUGCUUGAGACGGUGUCCAUCGACCUCUACAUCCUGAGGCGCGUGGGCGUGGCACUUCGCUCGGUGCCGCAGAUCAACACGGACGUCGUGGGUCUGCUGGACGAGUGGGCCGAGCGCUUCUUCGAGGAGCUGGACUACGUCAAGGAGGGCGAUAACGCCACCAAGUUCGCGGCGAGCAUCAAGGAUGACCUCCCGCAGGUUGUGGUGCCGAGGACGUACUCGGAGUACACCCGGCGCAAGGUGAUCACGUCGCAGUGGCUCGACGGCGAGAAGCUCUCCCAGUCCACCGCGGACGACGUCGGAGACCUCGUGAACAUCGGCGUGAUCUGCUACCUGAAGCAGCUCCUCGACACGGGCUUCUUCCACGCGGAUCCCCACCCAGGGAACCUCAUUCGCACCCCCGACGGCCGCCUCGCCAUCCUCGACUUUGGCCUGAUGACCAACAUCGACGACAACAUCAAGUUCGGCAUGAUCGAGGCCAUCGCGCACCUCAUCCACAGGGACUACGACGCCAUCGUGGAGGAUUUCGUCACCCUCGACUUCAUCCCCGAGGGCGUCGACCUCAAGCCCAUUCUCCCACCGCUUGCGAGGGUGUUUGACCAGGCACUCGAGGGUGGCGGCGCCAAGAACAUUAACUUCCAGGAGGUGGCCGCGGAUCUCGCGCAGAUCACCUUCGACUAUCCCUUCCGAAUCCCCCCGUACUUUGCGCUGAUCAUUCGAGCCAUUGGCGUGCUCGAGGGCAUUGCGCUCGUGGGCAACCCCGAAUUUGCGCUGGUUGAUGAGGCGUAUCCAUACAUCAGCAAGAGGCUACUCACCGACGACUCCCCCCGGCUGAGGGAGAGCCUCAGGUACAUGGUGUACGGCAAGGGGCAGGUGUUCGAUGCGGACAGGCUGAUUGACGUGCUAGAGGCGUUCGAGACUUUCUCCGUCGCGUCGCGAACGAGCAGGGGGAACAUGGAGGGUGAGGCGGCGACGGCGGCGACGACGGCGGCGGCGGCUCCGGGUGGGUUCGAUCUCAACCAGAUCUUCGCCCAGAUCCAGGCGGGACUCACACCGCCCGCCGCCGCCGCGACCACCGCGCGGGGCGGCGACCAGGACGCUCAGACGCGCGAGGCGCUCCAGUUUGUGCUCUCCCCCCAGGGUUCCAUCUUUCGCGAGUUUCUGCUCGACGAGGCGGUGAAGGGCAUUGACGCGCUGAGCAGGGAUAACGCGGCGAGGGUGCUGCAGCAGGUUGGACUAGGCGACGCGACGGUGCCCCUGCUCCUCCCCGGUGCGCUGCUCCCCCGCAGUGUCAGGCUCAGCCCCAGGGUUACGGACGACGACCGCGCCACCGUUGAGAGCGUGACCAAGCUGCUCAACUUUUUGUUGAGGGGCUCCCGCACCGCGGAUCCCUCCAAGGUUGUGCGCGAGCUCGGGCCGCUGCUCCCGGCGGUGGCCACGGAGGUGCUCCCGGAGCUCAUCAGCAGGCUCAACUCGCGCGUCGCGGCCAGGACCAUCAGGGAGGUGUUC